ACAAGUACACAAAGUCCAGAAGGUGUUUCUGGUUCAAGGUAAACAGCAGCUACACGGGGCAAACAGAGGCGGGCCGGAUGAUGAUUCUAUCCUCAUGAGUGAUUGGAUGAGCUGAGGCUUUAUAUAUAAAGCUGGACUGCAUUGACAACAAUUUUAGAAACUAUUAUUCAAGGAAGAAGAAAACGUCUUUGCAGCAACUGAUUUGGACAAGUCAUGAGUGGAUGUCCGUACUUUGAGAAGAGGCAUUUGUUAUUCAAAAACAAGCCUCCAACAACGGAGGAAGAAGAGGAUGCCUCUCAGGCUGGGGUUAACAAGGCCAGCAAAGGAGGAAUCAUCUACGGAGAAUACCUGCAGCUCGACAAAAUAGUCUCGGCCCAGGUGUUACAGAGUGAGUUGAAGGGUAAUAAGAUCCAUGAUGAGCACCUCUUCAUUGUCACCCAUCAAGCCUAUGAACUGUGGUUCAAACAGAUUUUGUUCGAGCUGGAUUCAGUGCGACACAUAUUCAUCAGUGGACACGUCAGAGAUGAACGCAACAUGCUCAAAGUCAACACUCGCAUCCACAGGAUUGUGAUGAUCUUCAGACUCUUGGUCGACCAGUUUUCAGUUUUGGAAACAAUGACAGCUUUGGACUUUUUUGACUUUAGGGAAUACCUAACUCCAGCCUCUGGAUUCCAAAGCCUCCAGUUUCGUAUCUUGGAGAACAAAAUCGGGGUCCCGGACAACCUGAGGGUGCCAUACAACAGACGCCAUUACAGAGACAACUUCAAGGGGCAUGAGAGUGAGAUGCUGCUCGCCACUGAACAGCAGCCAACACUUCUAAAACUAGUCGAGGAGUGGCUGGAGAGAACUCCUGGCUUGGAGGUGGAUGGAUUCAAUUUCUGGGAAAGGCUGGAAAUCAAUAUAUUUGAUGGGCUGAACAAGGAGAAGGAAAAAAUCGAGACAAUGGAGGAUUCAGAAGACAAAGAGGAAAUGAUGGUUGAACUGGUCAAACAGAAAGAGCUGUUCACUUCUCUGUUUGAUGAAAAGCGUCACGAUCAUCUGCUUAGCAAAGGUGAGAGGCGGCUAUCUUACAAGGCUCUCCAAGGUGCCCUAAUGAUCUACUUUUACAGGGAAGAGCCAAGGUUUCAGGUUCCUUUCCAGCUGCUCACAUCCCUCAUGGAUAUUGACACCCUCAUGACAAAAUGGAGAUACAAUCAUGUUUGCAUGGUGCAUCGCAUGAUUGGCAGCAAAGCCGGCACAGGGGGCUCGUCUGGCUACCACUACCUGAGAUCCACUGUCAGUGACCGGUACAAAGUGUUUGUGGAUCUGUUCAAUCUGGCAACGUUCCUGGUGCCUCGCCACUGGGUGCCCAAGCUAAAUCCCAACAUCCACACGUUCCUGUACAUGGCCGAAUGCUGCGACAGCUCCUACUGCAGCAGUGAAGACUCAGACUAAGAGGCGCCUCAGCCUUUUUUCACUGAAAUGGGCCUUUAAACACUAGAUCCGUAGCACAGCUGGAACAUUUUAGUGACAGGUGUAUAGGGGGCCAUCAAAGCAUGCAAAGAGACACUGAUUUCAUUGAGAAGACACACAAUGCCUAUCAGAUAAGCAUGACAUCAGCGUGAUGAACCUUAAAAAAAGCACAUAAGCUGAAAAAAAUGUUCUACCAAAAGAAAUGUGCUGUUUUUGUUCAAAACACACAAACAUAACAAAUUAAUAAGGCAUUUUUGGAGCAUCUUAAUUGCAUUUUUUAAGUUAAAAAUGGCACAUAGAGGGAUCCUUUCAUAUGGUUGACCAUCUCAACCUCCAAAAAUGUCAUUAAGGAGAAACAUUUGAUAAGUUUUAUAUUUACUAUCUAGGAAGGAUUAAAAUUGGGAACUGCAAAUAAGGAAAAUACCAAAAUGUGUUCAUUUUAAUGGUCAAGCACGGUGAAAUAUAUCUCUUUUAUACCGAAGCCCAACAAAUAUCCUUUGUUAACAGAGAACAGAACAGCAGAUUUCUAGUUCAUUAGCUAAAUCAAGCCGAGGUUCACACGGCAUAAACUUGUGACGCAGUGUCUGACCCUGAAUAAUUAAAAUGGCCAAAUGAGACUAUUUUAGUCUAAACUCUAAUCUUGACCGGUGACACAGCACAGCAGAUGGCUCCUUGAUAACAGUUGCUUAGAUGUUUUUUUUUCAGUACAAUUAUGUAAAUCCAUUGUGACUGACCUGAAAGCAAAUGGAUCAGUGAGAGCAGUGAUCAAACCCCUGGUUUAACAAACACAUUAUGUUUCAGGCGAGCACGGGGAAGGCGUCAGACAGGAAGCCAAUGCAGAACAUUGGGAUGUCUGAGGUUCAAAAAAGACAAUGAUUAUAAAGCUGUGUACAAAAUAUCAACACCUAUAAUAAGACAAUUUGCAAGGCAUAGAAGUAAACAACGAGCUAUAGAAUGUGUACAUAAUGUUAAUAUUGUAGUUGUGUAAUAAUGUGUUUUGUAUAUAUGGUGUUUCGUUAUUUUAAUUGCGUAUUUAUGCAGGGGUGGAACUCUGUAUACAUAGAUCUUUAGCCUCAUCACCGUGUAAAACGCGUGUCUAUCAUAUGUAUUUAAUAAGAUACAUUUUUUUAUUCUUAUUAUUAUAGUUGUGUCUGUGUUUAUUGUGCAGUUAUGAUCAAGAAUGUAUCAGCAUAUAAAGUGAUUUAUUUUGUUUAAGAAAUGUAACGUGGCGAUAUAUUAAUAAAAACAUUUUUUAAAGAGA